AUGGAUCCUAUUCGCUGGACGGUGGGUGGUCGAACGGUUAAAGAAUUGCAUCGGAUUGCAAAACUGAAAGUAGAGAUAUCACUGACGCGUGGUGUUGGCUUAACAGAAUGGGAAUUCGAACAUAAGCACGUAAACGUCGGGCAACUCAUUGGUAAAGGCCAAUAUGGUGAAGUACGGAAAGGAACACUCAAGCUGAAAUCUGGCACUGUGGUCACCGUUGCUAUAAAAUCUGUAAGUGGUGCUCUGAAGUCGUAUUUGAGAAAGAACAAGGAUUUUAUAACAAAGGAGGAGAGAAGCCAAAUGGCGCUGGGAGCAGCAUGGGGUAUUGAGCAUCUUCAUAAGAAGAACAUACUUCAUCGAGAUAUCGCAGCACGGAAUUGCCUGUAUGAUCAGGAUUCUGCGGUGAAGAUAUCGGACUUCGGAUUGUCAAGAACUGGUGUCCAAUAUAAAAUGAAGACGUCAAAGAAGAUGCCGAUUCGAUGGAUGGCACCGGAGAGCAUCGCAACUUUCAUGUUCACAAGAAAGACAGAUGUUUAUUCAUUUGGGGUACUUAUAUACGAAAUUUACUCCUCUCAAGAUCCGUAUACUGAGAUCGGUCCUGGAGCUGUGAGGAAAAAGAUAGUAGAUGGAGAAUUCAAUGUGUUCCCGGUUGGCACCCCGGAUGAUUUGAUCAAAUUUGUAAAGGAGAAAAUGUGGAACAAGGACCCUGAACAAAGAGCCGACAUGGACAAGGCACGGUUUUCAACGUUUUUUUAA